AUGGCCUAUGUGCAAGCAAGCAUGCCCGAAUUGCAUGCCAGACAUGGUGAUGAGAUGCACGGCAUGAGCGGUAUGGGCCAAAUGGGCGGUAUGAGUGGCAUGGGCGACAUGGGCAACUCGACUAGCUCCGGCAACUCAGGUCACAUGGGAGGCAUGAGUGGCAUGGGCGAUAUGGGCGAAUGCAUUCGCCGCUUUGCACGCGAGUAUGAUCGGCUUGUGAUCGCUAGUGCCUUAGAGAGCAUUGCUAAGAGUCAGCAAGAGUUCCCGGAAAAGUGGAUUGAGAACGGCAUCCACAGCAGUGGAUCAUCUGAGGAAGACCAGAGUUCAAAGUCCCUCCCUGCACAUGCGCUAGGCAUGGUAUUUGGUCUUCCACCGCGGGCUCUGACGGCCCGAGGACUGCGGAUCCGCCCUACCUUUGUGCAGCAGUGCGUGCGUACUCUGCUGUAUGGUAUUCAGUUCACCAGUGCCUACCUGAUCAUGCUUAUUGCCAUGACGUACAAUGGGUACAUGCUACUGUCUAUCAUUCUUGGCGCUAUGGUAGGCUACUUUGCGACUACAUGGGAUACGCUUGGCAAUGUGCCCGUGAUGCCUGCGCGAAGCCACACUUCUGAAAAGACACCUGUAGGUGCCCGUCCGGUUACGGCGCCUGCAGUCGAGCUGGAUGCUACCAACGAGAGUGCUAUGAUGAUAGGCGAGCGGGGAUUCUAG